CGAUCAGCUUACAGAUCUAGAUGCCAUCUUGCUAGUCAAGCGUCGUCAGCUUUUGCUCAACAGAGUUGACUAUCAAACAUCAUAAUGGCCAUGAACCCACGCCCCUUUCAACCCUCCCGAACUAUAGGCAGCAGCCUCACAGACUUGCAAAGCGAUCUAAAGCUGCUACUCCAAGAGCUAAACGUUUCUCUGAAACCCAGCGGAGAUCAGACUCACGGUGCAGCAAACUUUAUACACCCGCUGGCAAUAAAUACGCACGACCGACAAGUAGCAUUGCUAGCGAUACAUGAACAAAUGCAGGCAGCACUGUUACGGUAUAGGGAUGAAACUCUCACUGGAACCCUUGAUGGAACUCUGGGAGACGUGGGAGACGGAGACGUGGAAGAGUUUCUAGAGUUGUUAAAGGAUCGCUCGAUCUUGCAAUCGUCCAUUACGCCACUGAAAACUGCUCUGACAGAAUGCCUAUUCAUUGCCAAAGACGAGUUGGCUACGCCCGAAAAAAUGGGAGUCGAUGCAGUGGCGAAAAAACUGGAGCAACUCAUAGCGGACAUGGGAUUGCAGCUUUACUUAUCCGCGCAUUUUGAAGACACAUCAGUGGUUACAGUAACCAUCUGUGGAACGAUCUUUGUGGUUGAUAUCGUUAUUAGCCCUCCAGGAGUUGUCACAAAGAUCAAGUUGUCAUAUGCAUCAGAUACACAUCCUCAACACCAGCAACAUGAAUUGGCCGAUGAACUCUUGACGGAGAUGUUGAGCAAAGGCGAUUUUGAGUCAUUCAAAAAAUCUAUUGCUUCAUUGGCCUUCCUGGAUGCAAAUGCCGGGUUCCAUCAAAUUAAAUGCAUCGAAAAUGAUCUUUUAUCAAUUCAUCAAAUUGAAUUAGCAAACAGUGGCAAUGAUUUCGAAAGUGUGAUGUUUGAAGGUCAUGGGCUUCCAUUCAUGCAUUGCGAAAGGAUUGGUCCAUCUGUCGUGUAUUGGGCCACCCCUACGGCGAGGUUGGAGAUUGAUUGGAGUGGAGAAAUCACCCCAACUCGACUACGAAAAAUGUUCCCAGUCAUUGGAGUCUGUAGAGCAUUUAUUGAUAUGGAAUCUUACCCGCUGACACGCUUCCUACCAAAAUUUAAAAACCAAUAUUUGGUUCCGGGUAAUCGGGCAGAUUUGCAGCUGCCACCGAAUGAGCAAGAGUAUUAUAAUCUUAUACAAGGUGCAUCCUGGCGAAAUAUAACACCGCUAACAUUUUACAAUCCGUUGCCAACGUCGAACGAGACGGCUGCCAUCACAUAUUUCCUACGCCUGACUCCUCCGAUCGCAGCAGCCACGACUGUUGCGCGAGACAUUGGGCGGGUGGUUGGGAUUGUUAGUGUAGAGGACUUUGGUAAUGAAUUGAAUGAAGAGUCUGUGGAUGGUGGGCUUCGGUAUGGGACUAUGCUGGAGCUUUUGGUACGAGAUUCCACUAUAACGCCAGGCACACUAGGCAACGCGACUGUCUUUCGAUCCACCAGCUGCAAAACGCGGGACAAUCCCCAUCCCAUCACUCAGUCAUAUACCCUCUCCAGCAACAUGAGCACACCUGCCAUGGUCCUCUGCAAGAUCCCAUUCUCCCACCCUUCCCAGCUCUUACCCGUUCUUCAGCUCUUGCGCCGUCAAUUGACGUUUAAUGCACUCGUCCGAAGUUGCUUCAACGCUUAUACGCACAUGCUUGGGUUGCAGGCUGUUCAAGAGGACAUGGUGUCUCUGCAACUCGAGGAUUGGACACCACCAGAACAACUCGUGUUUACAUUUGCGCAUCCACGACCGCCUCAUCAAUAUCGGCUGACGCUCCGCGUAGAGACGGAUGGAGGCGUUGGGGUAGUCGUAGAGGAGGAAACUGGGGACGGGCUGGGGAGAACGAGUUUUGGAGAGGGGCGAGUUUCGAGGAUUGCGUCUCGGACGCUGGAUGUGGGAUUGGUUGUGUCGGCUUUGUAUGGUGCCAUGCGUGAUGCGUCUGUAUAGCUCAUGCUGUUGAGGUUAUUACUUUUACUUGCUGAUUUGCGAACGUAGUAGAUAUUCUGGUGAACUUUUAUAGACACCACAAGGGGCCAUUUUUUGUUCCUCCUUUUUCAACUCGGCUUGUACCUUUCAACUGCCUACGGAGCUGAUCGGACGUUCUAACCUGGCAUUAUACACGAAUAGAGUCAAUGCUGUUGACUUUUUUCC